UCCGAAUGUUUCAGCGCGGGAAUACCGGAAGUUAACCACAGUGGGGAAUCCCACGUGAGGCCAAACAGCCAGGUAUUUCCAACUGUGUUAACUUCUGCUUAUAUUCCGUAACCAUGGCAUCGAUAGAAGAGCUGAAGAAAGACAUUGAGGAGCUGAAGAAGUUUGAGAAUGAGUCAACCCGUCCCCGGGUCCAGAAAGCAUUGUCUGUGGAAAUACAGAAGAUCGAGUCAGCGAUAGCUCUGCAAGAAAACCCUGCCCCUGUCAACCUACUUGCCCCACAGUCCACCACUAGACAGGAGGUCAAGGUGCUCGCUGAGCAGAUCAAGAAGUAUGGUCUGGUGAGGCUUCUUGUAAAGGGCCUCAACAAUAAGAGCCACGAACUGUUCAUCGCUCGACUUUGUGAGGAGAUCACCCCAGACAACAGUUACCAUAAGGUGAAGACCGACUGUGUGUUGCUCAUGAUGAAGAAGUCUUCGUCCAUCACCUGGGCUUACGUCACGGAGGCAGAGAAAAAAGCCAAAGGAGUAAAAAAACCACCAAUCGAUGACAAGGAAGACCCCAAUGCAAGCCUGAUGAAGAUGAUGCAGAACAUGUACGAGGAUGGCGAUGAUGAUAUGAAGAGAACGAUCGCCAAGGCUUGGACGGAAGGACGGGACAAGACACCCGCAAUGUGAGGCAACUUGGGGUGGGGUGGGAUAGGGUGGCGAUGAUGAUAUGAAGCUUAACGAUCGCCAAGGGCUUGGACGGAAGGAGGGACAAGACACCCGCAAUGUGAGGCAACUUGUGGGGGUGGGAUGGGGUGGGGGGCGGGCGGGGCAUCUUGUGGGUGGGGGUGGGUUUUAAUCACCGACACAUGGUGGGUAUGACUGAAAUAAUACCAUUCUGUCUGUCAGACACAUGCUUUUGUCUCUUUUUUAAAUGUACCUUUUGAAAAAUAUGCUACGAAAUGGUUCUAAUAUUGACUACAGACUGCUCGUAUUUUCACCAUGUUCACCUGUUUUGAUAUGAAUUUGUUGCUAUUGAUAUCAUCUCAAUUCAAGCUUCAAUAAUUGUUUUCAUUAAUUUUGCUGAAACAUGGAUGUAUUAGCAUUUGGUAUUGUGGUGUUGAAUCAGUGAGGGGCCGGUAGCCUAGAGGUUAAAGCGUUCACUCGUCAUGCCAAAGACCUGAUCAAAUAUUUUCCAAAUUUCUGAAAAAGCUCCUGCAAAAGAGACACCAGAAGAAAUUGGUUUUGAAAUGACACACAAGGCACAUGGUCAAGCGUCACUUUGUCCUACGAGCGGAGGGGUAGCCUUGUGGUUAAAGCGUUCGCUCGUCACGCACAUGGCCCGGGUUCGAUUCCCCACAUGAGUACAAUGAAUCCCAUUUCUGGUGUCCCCCGCCAUGAUAUUGCUGGAAUAAAAGCGGCGUAAAACUAUACUCACUCACUCUCACUGUAUCAGUGUAUGGAGUCCUGUGUAGAGUGAGGGUAGAACUCGUCAUCAUUCUUUUGGGUUAUAUGCUACUCAAAAAAUGUUAAGGAACACAGAUUCUUUUUCAUACUACUGUUAUUAAUCAGUCAUGACAUAUAUUCUAUUGUAUAAAUCAGGUGGUCUUUAACUUUUUUGAGUAGUAUAAAUGUGAGCAGAUCGGUCUUGGUUGGCACAUCCAGCAUUGUAGUCAAAACUUGGCAGCAUGAUUCUCAGAUACAUAUUGUUUACAGUUUUAUGAGGAUAAAUAUUUUUAAGUUCAUGGUCAUAUUGUCAAA